CGCCGACUGUGAUCUUGCACAAUUUUCUCUUCUCUUCGCUAUUCAAGAUGACCACCGCUCAUCGACCCACGUUUGACCCCGCCAGAGGAAAAGAAGCUCAACGUGGUCCUGCCUAUCACCAGAGGUUACUUCCAGCGCAUACUCUUUUGAAAGUCCGGCAACCAGGUCAAGGUGGAGCGGCUGAUCCAGAACAGCGAGAUCUACGAGCCGAACUACUGGCUGCAGAGGCAGCGCACUUUGCAAAGAAAGGGAAGAGCACACAACCUUCCGGUGAUGCUCCGAAUCCUUUGAAGCGCGAGCUCGAAACUGCUCCAGAUGCUGGGGAAGACGAACGGGAUGGCGACGAAGAUCCAGAGGCGAAACGAAGACGAAUUCUUGAGGAAACCCGAGACAUAGACGCAGAUUCGGACGCAGGUGACAGCGAUAGCAGCAGCGAGGAGGAUAGUGACGAAGAAGACGAGACAGCAGAAUUGAUGCGUGAAUUGGAAAAAAUCAAGCGAGAACGGGCAGAGCAAAAAGCCCGGGAAGAAGCCGAACAAGCCAAACAAGCGCAAGAGGAGCGCGAAGAGAAUAUUGCACUCGGGAAUCCUCUACUGAACCCGAAGGCGUUCAAUGUCAAACGAAGAUGGGAUGACGACGUGGUGUUCAAGAAUCAGGCUCGAGGCACUGAACAAAAGGGCAACAAGGAAUUUGUCAAUGAUUUAUUACGAUCAGAUUUUCACAAGAAGUUUAUGUCGAAGUAUGUCCGAUAAGCAAAGCUGGUCACACCGGUCUUUUCGAGAGACAGGAGAUGCCGCAAUGGUGAUCUAAUGCUGCGUCGGGAAACUUUGUUUGAAACUCAUACGGGAAAAGGAAGAGGAUGGGAGGCUGCAGUCCAUUUCCUCUGACUCCCAACGGUGGGAGAUUCUAAGAUGCCCUCAAGGGCCGAUAACUUUGUGGCGCUGAAGACGGGAGUACUAAACUUCCUCUCACCGCCCAAAUCAAGCAUUUCUCGGCAGGGGAAUCUCCCGAUCUCCCCAGAUCCGCGAUUUGCGUAUCCGUGUCAACAGAUAUGAGCAAAGCAAGGAGAACCACCCGGCAUCAGUUUAGUCACUACUAGCGAUUGGGUUCGAGAUGGAGCAGAAACUUGGACAUGUUGCUCGCUAGCUCUACACACGAUCAAGUUCGAGCCGAACGCCACACGGUUCAAUACAGCAAGGCGAAGCAGGGGUCAGGGCUGCACAGCAUAAAGGAUAUCCAAGAUUUUGGACCUGGUGACAUAGAAAUGCACGUCAUACGCGUUUGCAGGACAUUUGACGAAGGGCUCACUAGGCUAUCUUGCUCGUAGAGGGAAAGGGAGGCCUCAGAUGGGGACCCAUCCGAGUACGAGGAGGACCUAUUGUAGGAUGAGAGUACGUACCAAUGCGGGGACAGGAAGUGAGAUGCAAUUCCGGCC